AUGGCAGGGAAAACUGCCCCAAAGAUGGAAUACACCAGGCUUGGAAACUCAGGACUGAAGAUUUCAAAGGUUAUUUUUGGUUGCAUGUCCCUCGGAACAUCUAAAUGGCAAGAAUGGGUCAUCAAUGAAGAUGCAGCUCUCCCUCUCCUGAAACACGCCUAUGACGUUGGUCUCAACACCUGGGAUACCGCUGAUGUCUAUUCGAACGGGAAAUCUGAAGAAAUUAUUGGCAAGGCAUUGAAACAAUACAAUAUUCCUCGGAACAAGGUUGUCAUCUUAAGCAAAUGCUAUUUCGGGGUCUCGGACGAUGGAUCACAGCCUCCGAUUGCCGCAGCAUCUACGAAUGAUGGUCUGAUGGUCAAUCAGGUUGGAUUGAGCAGGAAGCACAUUUUGGAUGCUGUGGACAAGAGUGUUGCUAGAUUGGGGACAGAAGAGAUCAUGAGAGCAUUGAACGAUGUGGUGGAGAGUGGCAAGGUUCGAUAUAUCGGAGCUAGCAGUAUGGCUGCUUGGGAAUUCCAAACUUUGCAGAACAUCGCCGAAAAGCACGGCUGGCACAAAUUUGUCUCAAUGCAGAACUACUACAACUUGUUAUAUCGUGAAGAAGAGCGUGAAAUGAUCCCCUAUUGUCGCGAUGUUGGAGUGGGGCUUAUCCCAUGGUCUCCCAUCGCUCGAGGGGCUCUCGCACGUCCGUUUGACGACCGAACCACAACCCGCGAGAAGAGCGAUAGAAUGCUUGCGGCAAUGAUCAGAGGAAAGGAAACCGAGAUUGACAAGCGUGUUAUUGGAAGAGUCGAGGAGGUUGCAAAGAAGCACGGCGUCUCGAUGACUACCAUCGCCACUGCCUGGUGCUUGAGCAAGGAUAAGGUCAACCCGAUCAUCGGAUUGAGCAAUAAGGAGAGAAUCGACCAAGCUGUGGAGAGCGUACAGUUUGCAGACUCGGGUAAGUUGACUGCUGAGGACAUUGCAUAUCUUGAGGAGGGGUAUGCUCCGAAGGAGAGACAGGGCUACUAGGCCACUGAUUAGAUGUCUCGAAGAAUCGAAGUUCAUGUUCGACACGAAAAUAAAAUAAAAUUGAGUAUCUGAG